ACAUGCUGAAAGCUAGCACAAGCAAUACAUUGGAAAGGGACAUGAAAGAAAGCCCAUUUGUGAUAUGUAGUUAUAAUUAAUUUCACCCGGGAGCGGCCGAGCAGAAUUGGUUAAGCAUGGCUUUUCUCAUUGACGUUGCGAGACAGUUUUUGUGCACGGGAAAACGGACUAAAGUUCUCUCUCGUACUGUCUGUUUGGACUUGGCUGCUCAGCUACUGGCAACAGAUAUAGGUCUGAAACCAGCCGUUUUAUAUGACAUCAAUGGCGCGAGCCCGGAGCAAGUCGGUAACUACUUGAACGCUCUGCAGGAGAAUAACUUUGUAUCGUCUGCAUUACACAUUGUAGCGCUAGCUGGCACCACCCUCAUCGUUAACAUCAAACAGAUGGUUGCACACUUGCAUGAUCUGCUUCUGGAAGAAAGGCUGGUGGUCAUUGAUGUCUGUCCGUCACUGGUACAACCUGCUCUCUCUGACAUGAAGGGCAGUGGGACCGAGGAUGCGGUUAAAGUGAUGUUGGAGUAUUUCACUACCAAGUCUGCAUCACAGGAAAGAAGCUUGAUCAUGGAAAUAAGCGAGGACAUCAUGCAGGAUUGGAAUCUUUGCACAGUAUUUGGCGUUCUCUUGGGCUACCCUGCUACUUACUGGUUUGAUCAAGACAAAAGCUUUGAAAAUUGCUUGAAUUUGGUGCCCCUUUUGGUAACCAAGGUGUCAUUGACAUGGCUGUCAGGUGUUGAACGUCACAACUUUAACCUUUUCUCUUUCAGCAUCCCAGAGAUGCUGUUUACGCACGCAGAGACAUUAUUUGAGUGUUGGACGCAAACUCUGCAGCAGCAACUCAAAAGACAAACAGUCUUUACCGACCUCAAUAUAAUCAAAACAACAGUCACAUUACCCAUUGUAGCUCUUUAACGCCGUUCAUCGUCAUGUUGAUCAAGUGUGCAAUUGUUUUGGGACAUUUUAAGCAAGUCAUAUGGCUACUUUAAAGUGAAAGUUUAAAAGACAGUGGCACUAAGUUACAGCAGAAAU